GGCCCAUGUCCACGAGCCCCGCAGCCGGGCGCUCGGCACAGCAGAGCACGCACUGGGGUGGCAGCACCCAACGCAGCCCGACGUGCCUGGGCUGCACCCGGGACCGGCUCAGGGAUGCUGCGGCGCGUCCCCCCGCGUGGGUGCUGCGGCUGCCAGCCUGCCGAGGCCUGUUCUCGCCCCGCCUCGCUGGCCGGGGGCCAAGGGAAAUCCUGGCUGGGCUGCGCGGCCCAGCCCUGGCUGAAGCAGACGGGGAGUUUUUCUGCGGGGACUGGGCCCCCGUGCCCUGCAGCGCGGAUUGGCUCUGGGCAGCCCCAGCCCUUUCCUGGGCGGCCGCGGGACUGCAAGUACAAAAGGUAGCCGCCCCGCCGGCGCAGGAGGGUCCCUCGCAGCAUGGAGCCCUGCUGUCUGCUCGGCCUCCUCUGGCUACUCUGCCGAGGCCUCUUGGGCGACAGAAGGUGACGGCUGCAUGCAGCGAGGCGUCGGGACUGUCCACCUGUGCCCACUGCGAGGUGGGGUCCUUCCAGGCCCACUGGACCAAGGAGAAUCACUGCGUGCCCCACAGAUACUGCGACCCCAACGUUGGCCUGGUGGUAAAGACGCCGGGGAGUGAGAAAGAGGAUGUCACAUGUGGCUGCCAGGUGGGCAUGCACUGCACCAGCGCCCAGUGCCAGACCUGCAAGCUGAACCCCCGCUGCGAGCCAGGCUUCGGGGUUGUGCCAAGAGCCCAGGAGGAUGCGCCCCCCACGUGCCAGCCCUGCCCGGACGGCAGCUUCUCCAAUGUCACCUCUGACAGCAAGCCAUGCCAGCCCUGGAGCAGAUGCGAGGAGAAGGGGCUGGUGAAGAAGGAGAAUGGGACCCGGAGCUCCGACGUGGUGUGUGAGCCACAACGCAGCAGCCCCAGCCACCCCUUGGUCUUGGUGCUGUUCUCCAUCCUGGCUGGCAUAGCCAUCUGCGCUCUGGGGCUCUUCUUGUGUUUGCAUCGCAGAGGUUUCCAGAGACAGCUGCAGAAGCAGGGACAUCCUCAAGUCCCCCUGGAUCGAGAGGAUACCAUGCUGCUGAAUAUUGUGAAGACAGAGCCACGCCCAGAGCCAUCCGAGGAGGAUGAGAUGCCGAGCGAGCAGACCAUCCCCGUGCAGGAGACCAUGGUGGGCAGGCAGCCUGUAGCCCAGGAGGAUGGCAAGGAGAGCCACGUCUCCGAGCAGGAGAGGCCGUGAGGUGGCGUGGGGCACCCACACCAGGGCCCACUGCCCCGCACGGAUGGAAGCCAGGCCCAGCGCCCGCCGUGCCGCCAGGCAGCCCAGGGCACGGGCACAGCCUGCACCCGUCGCCUACAAGCACGAGAGGUGGUGGAUCCCACAUGGCCAAGGGUGACGUGGCACGGCUGCACGAGGCUGCAGGUCACGGGUGCCCGCGGGCUGCUGUCGGUGCACGGACGGGGCAGAGAUGCCAGGGCCUGCGAGGACAGUGGGGGACUGAUUGCCCGCGGCAGGACCCCCCCAAGGUGGAAGCAGGAAAUGGAGGCAUUUUGGGACUCCAUGCUGAAUCUGCCCGUUGGGCAAUAAAGGUCUGGAGGCUGCGCCCACGGUGCCUCCUGGCACACA